AUGGCAGACAACAUGUCAAUUGACAAGAAAGACCCGACCAGGGAAGGCUCCGAGGACUCAAUGGAUCUCAAUUCUCCUACGCCAGAGGCUGAGACGGGGGCUCCUCAAGAGAACGUUGGCCAGCAAAAGAGAAAAGGUGGACGCAAACCCAUCUAUGCGACAUCUGAAGAACGCAAGCAACGCAAUCGUCAAGCGCAGGCAGCUUUUAGAGAGCGUCGCACAGAGUAUAUCAAGCAAUUGGAAGAGACGAUCCGCGUCCAUGAAACCAAUCUGCAUAACUUACAGACAGCUCAUCGGAGUGCGGCCGAUGAGUGUCUGAUGUUGAGAUACAAGAACUCACUGCUCGAACGAAUCUUGCUAGAGAAGGGUAUCGAUGUUCAGGCGGAGUUGCGCGCAAAAACGGGAAGUCCUCAUCUUGGACCAACCCAUAUGCCACAGAACAUGGCACAGCCGCCUACCGUUCAGCGUGCUAUCAUGAACCGACAUCACCAAGCCAGACGCUCUCAGUCUAGCAUCGCACCCAAGCUCGAGCCAGGCGCGUCUAUGCAAUCACCUCAAUCGCGGCCAACGCCCUCGUCUCAUGCCUCUUCUCCCACUGCCAUAUCUCCUGGCUUUCACAACCCUGGGGUGAUGACGCCGCCUGGCUCCGACUCUCAGAUGCAGUUUCAACAGCAGCAGCGUCUUCAAGGACCACACGCGCCGAAGCAACCAACUCACGGAUUGAUAGGAGCCAACGUUUUAGCAGGAAAUCCAGGAGCUGGAGCUCCGCUGGCCCCGAAGCCAGGGGGGAAUGGAGCGAGUACGGGAGGCACACCAACAGCGGCCACGUACUUUGCGUCUCCAAAUUUUCAGAAUCAUUAUGAGCAACUCGGCAAGCUUUCCCGCCCCCUAUUUACAGAACAGGAGUACGAUGCCCAAGCCGAUAUGGUCGAAGACCAAGAACCAGCCGAAUCUGGACCUGGUCCAUAUCCCGAACCCCUCCCUCAACCGCCGUCGCGGCACCUCAAUCAGCAAAUCCACCCUCAGCAGCCGCAGCAGAAUACACCACAACCUAACCACCCCGGGCAAGCUCAGGGUAUUAACCUCGGCGCUGGCGCUCAGCAAUUCAGCUCGAUGACACAACUCCUCGAUCCGUACGAUCCCAUGCUCGACAUGGAUCCGUUUGGACUUUCUGCUUCGAUGCAAUUUCCAUCCUCCUUUUCCUUCGAUACGAGUUCAAUGAGAUGA